CCUCACAAGAAUCAGGCAGUUUUAUGGCUUCUCUUGUUUCUCAACUUUACUUCUCUUAUUUACGUCAAUUUCUAUUAAAACAUCAACAAACGCUCAGAUUUCUCACUCGAUGAAGUAAAGGUAGAGCCCAUUAAUUAAUGCGAAAGAAAAUAGAUACAAUUAUUGAUAGGGCUAGCUUAGAAAAAGCGAUGCAGGCGCCAAUAGUAAUUUCAUCCUUUACACCCCUUUUCCGGCGAAGAAAAUCGGUUCGCCCGGUUGCAGCCGGCAAUCACUACUUGAUGGAGAGAGAGAGGGCGAGAGUGAAAUGCUCCGCACACUAUAGAAGCUAAGUAAGAGUGUAACUGUCAAACUCUAAACACAAUUCAUGAAUGUCUUAUAACACCGGGCUGCCUGCUUAUGCCAAGGUAAAGUAAAAGGCUUUUCUCUCCAGCAUGGAGAAACGUUGCAUCUCUUCCGACAGCAAUCAAAGUGAACGUGAUCGAUUGCUGUUUCGAAAACUCGUUCAGUGGGUAUCUGCGUGUAUUAUAUUUACUUUACUUGUUAUUCUGGUCGGCCUGUCCUGGAGCUACAUCAGUACAUUAGCAUCUCUACAAACAAGAGUUGAGCAACUAGAGAAACAGUGCACGGAUUAUGAAAAACGCGUAGAGGAGUACGUUGAAGUAAAAAUAAAAGAAACAUUCAUCAAGAUUAAAAAAGAAGAUAUUAUCUAUGAACCUUUAAGAUUCCGCAGACAAACUGUCUGUGACUGCCCACCAGGUCAACCUGGUCAGAAAGGAAACAAAGGAGAUCAAGGAAAUUCUGGUGAAAAGGGGGAUCAAGGAGGCAGUGGUUUUCCGGGACCAACAGGCCCACCUGGAAUUCCUGGCCUUAAAGGUUCAAAUGGUGCAACUGGCAUUCAGGGACCUAAGGGUCGAAGUGGUUAUCCUGGCUAUCCGGGACCAGGUGGUUUAAAAGGAGGAAAGGGUGAUGUGGGACUACCAGGUCCAAAAGGAGACAAAGGAGAAAAGGGUAUUCGUGGAGAAACAGGGCAGAAAGGAAAUCCUGGAUUACCUGGUUAUGAUGGUAUCAAAGGUUCUAAAACAGGAGUGAAGCGUUCAGUUAAACUUCAAGAUGGAUUAAUCCAUCUAAAGGAUGCUACAUAUGAAGUUAUAACCAUUAAGGGUGAACCAGGUGACGCAGGGCGUCCUGGUCCUCCAGGUCCUAAAGGCACACCUGGUCUGCCAGGAUUUGAUGGAUUAACAGGUGCACCAGGAGAACCAGGUCCCGUUGGUCCACGUGGCCCACCUGGUCCAUCAGGUAAAGAUGGAUUGCCUGGACGUCCAGGUGAAAUGGGUUUAUCUGGUCUUCCUGGAUACAAAGGCGAAAAAGGGAAUCGAGGCAAGCGUGGACGCAAAGGGCGUCGAGGAGAAAAAGGUUAUCCUGGGCCACCAGGUGAAAUGGGUAUAACUGGUGCUAUUGGGAAAACUGGUGCAAAGGGUUCAUUGGGACUUCCUGGACCUCAGGGCCAGCCUGGUCCCCCAGGCAUCCAUGGUAUAGAUGGUUUGGAUGGAAAGCCUGGAGAAGCUGGACCACCUGGACCGCCAGGCUUGAAGGGAGAACCAGGUGAACAAGGAUUAAGAGGAAUAGCUGGACCAAUUGGACCUCCUGGCUUACCUGGACCCCCUCUUGCAUUAGGCAGUGUUGAGUUGAAUCAUGCCAGAACGACAACUGUGAAGGGUGAGGCUGGUGUUAUUGAAGGUGGUGGCAGCGGUGAAGGGAUACCAGGUCCAACCGGUCCUCCCGGCCCUUCGCUUUCUCUGAGAAACAAUAAUGGAAAAAUGGAACCCAAAUCAGAAAAUAGUCUUGGUCCCAUGGGAAUGAAAGGUGCAUCAGGUACUAAGGGAGAAAAAGGAGAGAAAGGUGACUAUGGACCAAUGGGAUUACCAGGUCCUCCUGGUCCAGCAGGUAUCCCUGGAUUUGCUAAAGAUGGAGCUCCUAUAUGUGCUUGCACUAAAGGAGAAAAAGGAGACCAGGGCAAGCCUGGAAUAAAUGGACUCAAUGGCCCUCUGGGAUUACGAGGACCCGCUGGACCUAAAGGAGUUAAAGGUGAUGUAGGUGCAACAGGACCACGUGGACCAAAAGGUAAAAGAGGCAGGCGUGGUGGAAAAGGAGAAAAAGGAGACCAGGGGAUUCCUGGCUUAGAUGCUCCAUGUCCUGUUGGACCAGAUGGCUUACCUUUACCAGGUUGUGGGUCACAUCAUCCAGCACAGGUUUUUACCAGCUUAAAUCCAUCAAUGACUGCUGAACCAACUAAAAUGACUUCUUCUAGUUCCAUAAAUGAGGAGAAACUUAGUAAUGGCCCUGUUUUGAUCCAGGAAUAAGCUUAUUUUAAAUGGCCCAGCUGUAUAUAAUGAAAGUAAAAGAAACAAAAA